AUGAAUACAAAAAACCAAAUCAUAUCUAAAACCCCGGUUGGAAGACCACCAGCUCUAUCUACAAACAGUCCUUCCACUGUACCUACAGACAAUCCUUUUGAAACCAUAUUUGACGGCAAAGACGAAGAUGAAGAUUCUUGGAAAGACGAACAUACAUCCUCUAUUAUUCCCUCGGGGGAACCAUCGCAAUCGAAAUCGUUAGAAAAUAUCACUACAAGCCGCAUUGGGAACGUGAUCCGCACAGUCAGUAGGAGGGAGAGGAAAUCUUCGAUAUCAAAAGUGACACGAGAGAAGUCAAAAGGAAGGCAGCGCAAGCUUCAUACGAAACUCCGCCUUCAAAUCCAAACAAACUUCUCAACACAUCAUGGACCUCGACCACAAGUACUUUCUUCACAACAAUCACGACCCAAUGGAUUUUUCGUUGAUUUGACAACUCUCAGAAAACUAGAGAAUGUCUCGGCUCAUCCCAACGGGACAUUAUGGACAUCUCUGAAGAAUAAGAAAAGCAAAGCUAUCGAAUACUCGCCGGAGAAGAGCAAGGUCAAUACUCUGGAUUCAGUACAGAGCAAAACAUUGACUGUCUCUCCACUAGCAGAGCGACGCGGGUCUUCAAGACCAACAAAUUUAAAAUUAGGUGAUGACCUAUCUCCGGACGACCGUCCAAUUGUUAUUGGCAUAUCCAUCCCCUCUGCACGUUUAGCUCAUCACACAACCACCCCUCAGACAUCAACUUCAAUCGCUUCAAAUAUGAUGGGAAAUUAUGGGCACGAGACACCUACAGGAAAAGGAUUGUCUACACCAUCUAUCGUCAUCACGCCUGCGCAAGAGAUAUCUGUGUGGUCACCGUAUAGUACAGCUUCGAAUGUAUCGCGAACACGAACUUUAUCAACAUCUUAUUCGGUAGCCAGCCCCAAUGACCCAUUCAGAGAUGGAGCACCACCAUUGCCGACGAUGCCAGCAGCUUUGGCUGAGGAGGAGAAGAGAAGGGUGGCAGCCCAGCAUAGUUACUUUUCUCCCGAUUCAGAUGCCACUACUGAAUGGGAUGAGGAACCAUCUUCAACCCGAGUCUUGUCUUCUUGUAUUAUUUACGAGGAGGAUGAACAUCCAAUCAUCGUCCGAAGCGCCCGCCCACCCACCCUUGCAGAUGCGCCGAAAGUAGACAAUCAUGGAAGUAUGGACACCAUUGCUGUACGAGCUCGUUCGGGUUGGUGGAAUUAUAUUACGACGCCAUUCCUGACUCGGUCAAACACACUGGCAUAUCCAGAAAAGAAGUCACCGGAUGUUCCUGAAGAUCCUAUCUUGGCCAUUGCAGCAGCCAAAGCUCAGGAAUCGAAGGUAGAGCGAAAGUCUUGGGAACAAUUGUUUUCUCCUCUUUCGAUCAGAAGAACAGCUUCCAAUGCGUCUGAUGAUUGGUGGGAUGUGACUCCUUUAGGUUUUAGAUCAGAGAAACAGGUUUCCCCUGGGUUAGUCUAUAAAGAGACGAGACACGCGGUGAAACCGUCGACAGCUGCUUUACCCUUUGUCCGUUCAACUUCAGGUGAUGUGGGAGACGCGAGAUUGACUAGAUUUGCUGAUUUAAAUAUCACUGUCAAUGCUGUACACUCUAUUAAUUUCAUAUCGACUCAUGACUAUUCGGGUAUCUCGAAUUCAUUGCAAAAAAGUUCUAUUUCAGUCAACAAAGAAACUUCGUUGUCAUCCACAGCCGAUAGAACAAAAGAACUUGGAAGCAAUAAUCCCUUUGUUCAGACCCAAAAUAGUAACAUUAAUCUUUAUAACAACUCGAGUAUGGUUACAAGUACGGACUCGCAUGAUUCAGAAAUAAAAUCCAGAAUACUUGUGAAUCACUCUACUUCACCCCCGCCUCCACCGCCUUACUUUACUGAAUCACCAAAGAAAGUCCGAAAAUAUCGAGCCGUUUUACCUCCCUCACACGAACCAGCUCCAGCUUCAGGCCCAGCUUCAGGCCCAGUUUCAGUUCCAGUUACAGUUUCAGCUACGCAAUACCCUGCUUCUCCUGGUCCAAUAUCUCCAGGCAUGCAACAAGCGAUGGCCUCAAAAGGUAGUAUUCAGUUGUCGGAGGUUCCACUAAGCCCGGCGCAUGGUAGAACGAAUCAGAACACAGCAUACCCUGGACCUACUAGACAGACAACUCCAACUCUCUUAAUUAUGACUCAAGAACAUCUCCAACAAAUUGCAGACAAAGCUGCCGUCAAAGCUGCCAAAAAAGCAGAAUCAAAACGUCAAAAGAACGAAAAGGAAGAUAGAAUGGCUCGCAAAGCAGGUGGGUUAUGGGCCGGUAGAGGAUGCAUUCCCAAAAAUGGAUGUCAUGGCCGUCAAGGUCCAGAAGGUCGAAAGAGGAGAAGAUGGUAUUGCUGCAUAUUCAUUUCAUUAGUUUUAUUGAUCGUCUUGAUUUUAGUCCUUGCUAUGACCUUGACACGCAAGCCAAAACAUGUUGUGAUGCAAUCUCAAUGGUUGAACCUCACUGGCUUCCCUCCUAUCUAUGCCGGCCUGUCGACGGUAGCAGCUCCAGUCAACAUUGUGGCAAACACCGGUUGUGUAUUUCCUGCUACACAGUGGAGUUGUGCUUUACCGAAGGAGCAACAGUCUUCUGUCGCGCCAAACCUACCGAACCAACCCAAUUUCCUUUUGGAAAUUCAGUGGGAUAACAGCAGUGCGGCAAAUGCAACUUUUGCGAAUGUCACAGGGAACAAAAACCUCCCUACACGAAACAUUGUUGGAAACCCAGUCUCUGCUGGGAAAUUUAUCAGGGAUCUGAUAUUAAAAGCACGACAAAGCAUAACCUUCAAUCCAUCACCACCUCCACCAUCCUAUGCUGAAGAAGCCUUUUUGGGCGAUACUACAGAUGGUAUUGUUUCUACCAACAAGGUCGGAGAACCAACACCCUUUUAUAUAUCCUUUCUACCGACUACAAGCACCACUUUAACAAGUAACAGCCGCGUAAAGCGUGCAAAUUCAAAUGCUACCGAUCCUAAUCUAUUUCCAAACAUCACAUCUGGUAUCCCGGCCCCGAGUCUAAACGCCGAUGGCACUGCCGCUCCAGCCAAUCUUCUUCCAUAUCCAGUUCAACAACCUAUCCGUCUUUACGAUCGAGGACUCAUUACCGAGCAUUAUGGAUUCUAUACGUACUUCAAUCGUAGUAUUUUCCUUAAAUCCCUUUCAUUACUCAACGAUACCAAUACUUCCAGUGGUGAAGUUCCUGAUGAUCAAAAUGGCGGGGCUCUUGAAGGAGAAGCCAACUUCCGUUGUACAUGGGGCGAAACUCGUUUCUUGGUACAAAUGUGGACUAGGAUGAAUGGCACUGCUAGACUUAACAAUGCUACUAGUUCUACUGGUGCCUCUACUGUUAUAGCAAGGCAAGAUUUCUCACAGCCGGGAUCGUUUCCCUAUCCGAUUACUAUCACAACGGAUCGACAUGGAGGAGAUCCUGCGAGGAAGUUGCUGUACUGUUAUAGUAUGAAUGACAGAGAGGGGAUUAUAGCCAGUAGUGGAGUUGUCAAUGGAGAAAAUAGAGCAUUUGGAGGCCAGAUUGUUAAUCCGGCUCCGAGCAUAUUCUCGAAUGUUAGUGAUUCAUCACUGGGAGGCUUUGAUGGAGGAACGGGAGGUUGUUCAUGUUCUUGGAGUAAUUUUCAGGAAGUCCUUAGUGCUGGGGGAAAAUGA